CAUGGCCGCCGCCUGCCGCCGGGGCUAAGGGGCCGCCGGCGUCCGGGUACCCGAGGGCUCUCGCGCGUUGCUGGCACCGCUGGCGCCGCGGUCUCCUAGCGCAUGGGCCUCCUCCGAGGCGGGCCCCCAUGCGCUCGGGCCAUGGCGCGCCUGGGCGCUGUGCGCUCCCACUACUGCGCCCUGCUGUUGGCCGCGGCGCUGGCCGUCUGUGCCUUCUACUACCUCGGCUCGGGCCGGGAGACCUUCUCCAGCGCCACCAAGAGGCUGAAGGAGGCCCGCGCCGGGGCUUCCGCCGCGCCCUCGCCGCCCGCGCUGGAGGUGGCGCGAGGCUCCGUGGCGCCAGCCCCCGGUGCGAAGGCCAAGAGCUUGGAAGGCGGCGGGGCCGGGCCGGUGGACUACCACCUGCUGAUGAUGUUCACCAAGGCGGAGCACAAUGCCGCGCUGCAGGCCAAGGCCCGCGUCGCGCUGCGCUCACUGCUGCGUCUCGCCAAGUUCGAGGCGCACGAGGUGCUUAACCUUCACUUCGUGAGCGAGGAGGCCAGCCGCGAGGUGGCCAAGGGCCUGCUGCGGGAGCUCCUGCCGCCCGCCGCUGGUUUCAAGUGCAAGGUCAUCUUCCACGACGUUGCUGUGCUGACGGAUAAGCUCUUCCCCAUCGUGGAGGCCAUGCAGAAGCACUUCAGUGCUGGCUCGGGAACCUACUACAGUGACUCCAUCUUCUUCCUCUCGGUCGCCAUGCAUCAGAUCAUGCCCAAAGAGAUCCUGCGGCUCAUUCAGCUGGACCUAGACCUGAAGUUUAAGACCAACAUCCGGGAGUUGUUUGAGGAAUUUGACAGUUUCCUGCCAGGCGCCAUCAUUGGCCUAGCCCGGGAGAUGCAGCCAGUUUACAGGCACAUGUUCUGGCAGUUCCGCCACGAGAACCCCCAGACCAGGGUUGGGGGCCCACCCCCCGAGGGGCUGCCGGGCUUCAACAGCGGGGUGAUGCUGCUGAACCUGGAGGCCAUGCGCCAGUCCCCGCUCUACAGCCGCCUGCUGGAGCCGGCGCAGGUGCAGCAGCUGGCCGACAAGUACCACUUCCGCGGCCACCUCGGGGACCAGGACUUCUUCACCAUGAUUGGCAUGGAGCACCCCAGGCUCUUCCAUGUGCUGGACUGUACCUGGAACCGGCAGCUGUGCACCUGGUGGAGGGACCAUGGCUACAGGGACGUCUUCGAGGCCUAUUUCCGGUGUGAAGGCCACGUCAAGAUCUACCACGGGAACUGCAACACUGCCAUCCCGGAGGACUAGGCGCACCCCCGCCUUGGCCCGGGGCCUCCAGAUCUGGGGGAAGGACAGGGCUCCGGACAGACCAGAGAGCAGUGUCUGACCCGCUAGAGACACUGCAGGGACGUCCUGUGAUUAAGGUGCUGAGACCUCCUGCCGGGGAGGUCACUGUGCUAGGGCCACCCGCUGAGGACUGGCCUGUGCACUGCUGGUGCUUGAGGCCUUGUUCCUUCAGGGAGCAGGUGACAUGAAGGACACCCAUGGGCAUCUUCCGGUGGGCUAGGAAGCAAGCGCUUGAAGAGAAGGAAUAGGAGAAGGGGCCCCCUUGCUGUCCAUCUCUAAGGAAUGGAAAUCCUUUAAGACCUGGCCUCUUUUGGACCAAUAUAAAUUUAAUUUAAAUUGAUGGGCUUCCAUUUUUCGAGAAAGUACAAACAGUACUGCUCUAGCACCCAUCGAGCCCCAAACGGGUCAGGUAAGCCAGGGUUUCAAUGACCAGCCCAGUAUCUAAGCUUCCAAACGAACGCCAGCCCAGCGCAUACUCACCCUGGGAGGCUGCGCACGUAUUCUCCUGACGACCACGUCACUUGGUGUACGUUUCAGGAUCGCCUCUUUGGGGAAGGACUUGAGGACCCACUGGGGCCUGCAUAAGAAAACUUAGCUCGUUAUUAGAGCACUCACGGCGUUUAUCUCCCAGCUACAUCCCAGAACCCCAUUAUCCUUUAUUUAACCAAACCAGCUCCAGGUGACCAGACUCUACUCAGAAAGCAAAUUCUCCUCAAAGAACAGCGAUUGACCACCACAAGGACAUGCAGGAGACUGUCUGGACCAGGAAGACUCAUUCCAAAAAGGAGCCCAGGCCGGGCACAGGGGUCAAGCCUGUAAUCCCAACACUUUGGGAGACCGAGGUGGGAGGAUCGUGUGAGCCGCGGAGGUCGAGAUCAGCCUGGGAAACACAGUGAGGCCCCCAUCACUACCAAGAAUUUUAAAAAUUAG